UUCUUUUAGAACACAUCACAAUAAAUACAAUUAUUGUCAUAAAACAAAGCAUAAAAAGCAAUCUUUCCCAUCACUUAUACAUCUUUCUUUCAUACUCCCAAAUUAUUCCUUCAAAAAAAAGAACUUGUUCCAAUGAGUUCAAAAAAACUUAUGACUUUUGAACUUUCCUUCUUUUUCUUGAUCAUAUUAUUAGGGUUUUCGAGGGCGAAUCUCGAUGAAGACAAAGCAAAAUGUGCUAACCAGCUCGUCGGUUUGGCCACGUGUCUUCCUUAUGUUAGCGGAGAAGCCAGAGCUCCCACACCGGAUUGUUGUACCGGUUUAAAAGAAGUUUUAGACAAAAGCAAGAUAUGUCUAUGUAUCCUAGUGAAAGACAGAAAUGAUCCUAGCCUUGGCCUUAAGAUCAAUGCUACACUUGCACUAAGCCUUCCUACUCUAUGUCAUGCUCCCCCUAAUAUGUCUAAUGUAACUAUGUGCCUCGAUUUGUUGCAUUUGUCACCAAAUUCACCAGAUGCUAAGGUUUUCCAAGAUUUUGCGCAGAGUGCAAAAGGAAGUAUUACUGCUACAUCUGCCCCAGUUAGUGGGAACUCAAAUGGAAAACCAGCAAAUGCUUCAGCAAAUGAUGGAGGAGAUAGAAGGAGAUGGAUGGGAUUUAUGGAAAUGACUAUGGGCUUUUUAGUCAUUUUGGUGCUUUCAUAUCUCACCUAACUUUAUAAAACACAUAAUUAUUGUUUUUUUAAUUUCAUAUUUGUCCUCCUUUUUUUUUUUUACCAUUUUGUGUUUCCUUUUGUGGUGUUGGCUUUUAUUAGUGUGUGUUUUAUUUUCUUUUUGUAACUCCGGAUUUGUCAUCUUCAAUUCUUUGGAAUAUCUUUUUUCUUUGAGCUAUCAAAAACAGAAAAAAUAUAUUUACUAUGUGUGAAAAACUUGAGUUAUUAUUUUUGGAAUAGUGGAAUUUCAAAUAAAGAAUAUCUAAAUUUGAGUGUGA